AUGUCCACAGCACCCAGUUAUUAUGUGCCUCUCGAAGAUCCUGAUUUGCAGCAAACAUUGUCUCCCUCAUCCGACACCGUCCCGCUGGUAUCACAGACAGCACGCACCGCGAAAGUGUUUCGCAAACUUCGUUUGUAUUUGCGCACACUAGCCAGGUUCCGACAUCGCGACAAGGAAAAAAUCGCUUUUCUCAUUGGCAUUGGCUAUUUGCGUGGCGACGGAAGAUAUGAGCUGACAGGUUCACAUAAAGACAUACACUUAUUAGAGGACUUAUUGAGGAAUGAUUUUAAUUACACGAAAUUUAUUAUUCUAAGUGAUAGGCAAGGAACACCGACAGAACUGCUUCCCACGCACGACAACAUCAUGAGGGAAUUAAAGAACUGUAUGACUGACAACUCGAACGCCGAUUUUUUCUUCGCGUACUCAGGUCAUUCAUUCCAUCGUGAUGAUUUUGCUGGAGUAGAAGAAGACGGCCAGGAAGAAUGUACGGAUUUCCCAUUAUCUACAGAACGACGUAGUUGGAAAAAUUAUCUGAAUCAUGGAUGGACCAUUACCGACAUUAAUCACGAACGGAUCAUUACCGACAAGACUUUGAGAGAGCAUCUUGUAAAUUGCCUUCCCAAGCACUCCCGUCUCACUGCCCUCUUCGAUACAUGCCACUCAGGGACUCUACUCAGUAGGCCUCACCUUGGCAAGUUUAUCUAUGAAACAUUUCUCAAAGUUAUCCUACAGACCUUGAGCAUCAACGUUGCAAUCACAUUGGUGGAUGGAGGGGCUUUGUUCAGAAUGGACUUCGAAAAGCAGAAGAACAGAGUCAAGCAGCGAGUAAAAACUUCCCGAUUGCUAUUGAUUGCCGCCAAAAAAAAUCACAGCCGUUCAAAGGAUAUUGCAUCUAGGUCGCCGAAGAAACCUAAAGAAGCGAAAAUGACCAAAUGUAAUGGCUUUUGUCGUCGAGUCCGUGGAAGACGUUGUCAAGUGAUAUCCAUCUCUGCUUGCGACGAUUCUCAACAAUCCGUAGAAGGACCAGAUGGAGGUACAAUGACAACCGCAAUCGUCGCGCUUCUGAAAGAGAACAGGACACCCACGUAUGCACAAAUAAUGGAAGCUGCAAGGAGUGCAAUCUACGAGGCACAAAAGUCCCAAAAAGCGAAAAUGGACGACUUCAUUAAUAAGACCAAGUGCCACGAGCUUAGUUGCAGCCUCAGGGGACAUAGUCGGUGUUUAGCUCCUCAUCAGAGAAAGCGGGAGAUGUGUAAAGUUAUAUCCGACCCCAAGCUCUCAAGUCUUGUGCCAUUGCAUACUGACGAGAUUUUAAAGCUCUGA